GCCUCCUCCUCCCCCAAACCCCCCGUACACUCGCCGCAGCAGCAAUGGCGGCGGAAGAAGCAGCCGCCUCCGCCUCCGCCGCCGCCACCACCAACUUCGAGGUGGACCUGGGCCACCUCAUGGCCUACGACCCCUCGCACCACCUCGCCGCCUCCGCCGCGUCCUCCAGGGCGGAGCUGCGGGAGGAGUGCCUGCGGAAGGCCACGGAGCUGGCGCAGGCCGUCGCCAACGCCCUCUUCUCGCUGCCGGCCACCGAGGGCCGCGACGGCCCCGUCGUCCGCCUCCCGCCGCCCGCCAACCGCCUGCCCCGCGAGAAGCAUUUGCCGAGGCCGAAGCCCCCUACCAAGUGGGAGCAGUUCGCGAAGUCGAAAGGGAUUAUCAAGCACAAGAAGAACAAGCGUGCAUGGGACGAGCAAACUAAUUCCUGGAAGCGGACUUACGGCUAUGAUCGUGUUAAUGAUGACAGAGACGUUCCCAUCAUUGAAGCCAAAUUGACAGACGAGCCUGGUGUUGAUCCUUUUGCUCAAAGAAGGGAAGAGAAGAAGGGCAGGGUAGAUAAACAAGAAAAGAACAGACUUGGAAAUUUGAAGAAUGCUGCAAAAGUUGGUGCUCUGCCAAGUCACAUACAGCUUGCUGCCACGUCCGUGCCCAUCACAGGGACAAAAGCUGAUCUGCCUAGAAAAGCUAAGAAGGAAGAUCUCGAGAAUGUUGCUGGUAUGGCUUCUGCAGCAACUGCCAGCGGUGGAAAGUUUGACAAAAAGUUGCCUGGCGAGAAACCUCUUAAGAAGGCUGGCAAAAAUAGAAAGUUCCUCCCUGUUGUAGAAGGGAAAGGAAUGGGCAACCUGGAGAAACAGCAGAACGACAAGAUCCUGAACAGUCUGCUGGCCAAGAACUUUGAGGAGCCGUUGGAUGUCAGCAAGGCAAUCACGAUGUACAAGGUGAAGAAGGACAACAAGAGGAGGAAAGACAAGCAAUCAUCAUCAUCCGGAUCGAAUAAGUUGAAGCCCCAGAAGAAAAUCCACAAGAAAUCUUCGAAGAAAAGUGCUUAGGUCCGCAUCAUCCUCGAGACGUGGUUUGCUGUAGGCGGCGAGCGCAGUUUCCAAGCAUCAUGGAGAGUGUUGGCAAGUUUUGUAUGGUUGUUGUCCUGUUUAAGUCCCAUGGGAGAAAGAUUGUUAAUCCAGUUAUACUGGUUAUGACACAAGAACCUGAGUGUUGUCAGAAGUUUUGGAAAAUAUUUCUGGAAAGCUUUGUUUGCAGUA